AUGAAGCGAAGAAUCACCUUUGUUCAGCGCGUCGAUGCCGCCUUUGACCCACAGCAAGCCGUGUUGACCGCAUCGUCUCUCUCAGUCCAUGACCUGGACGCCGCGCGGCAGGAUCGCAUCACGGUCGGGUUGAACGAGCUCCCAGAGGAGUUGCGCGCCGUCUUCGAGCAAUCCCAUGAGCUCCACUUCCGCUGGGCCUCCGAGCGACCGUAUGAUGCUGUCGCGCCGUUCACAAGCCGGGUUUCGCCUGGGCUACAUGUGCUUUACACUCCGCUGGACUCGGACUCGUCAUCGGAAGCACUAUGCACGCUGCUCCGCACGAUAGUUGCACCCAGUAAAGAUGCUCAAUACAAGGACUGUCUAAAGCCGGAGGACUCGUUCAUCACACCCCCGCUUCUUUCGACGCGAUUCGCUUCCUCGGCCUCCUUACAAUAUCACACCCACCUUCCGGACAUCCAAUCGCUGGUAAAAUAUAUCGAAAACGCCAUUUGCACAAACGUUGGAGCGGAUAGCAAUGAAUGCCGCACCUGGGCCUCCGCCCUUCUCUCUGCAGACUCGGUCGAUAUCGACUAUGACAGCAUCUCACACGCCUUGACAGUGUCCGGGCUCUGGAUUGACACGCCACCAGGCGGUUGGACGGAUCAAUUCAAUAAGCCAGCGUCGCCCACUGACCAAAUCGAGUUCGGUCUCCUAGGCGCCGAAGCAGGCCUUGAGCCAGAGGAGAUCAAGAUGGGCGGGCUGUUAGCGGUUAUCGGACAAGAUGAGAAACUAAAACCUACCAUGUUCUCAUUCCCCUCCCGCCACCAACCACUCACCGAACCAGCGACAUAUACCGCUUCCUUCGCUCCCCCAACUGGCCUCCACCCAACAAUGUCCAUAUCCAUGCCCCGAUCAUCCCUCAAGCGACCCCCAGCACCUAGUACCGCCACCUGUGCCCUCCACACGUACCUCACUCUCCCCUCCGCCAUCUUCGGAGACCAGUACCAGCUCGCAACCACAGACCCCCUCUUCCUAGACUCACACAACCUCGUAGCCCUCCGCGCCCUUGCCGGCGAAAUGGACCUAGAAGCUCCAGACUGGGUCGUGCCGCGCUGGGGCUCAAACUGGCUGCUGGAGCUAGCAACUCCCCCCAAAUCCACCGACACGGACAGCACAGCAGGCUCCUCAAAUUGGACCGUUACCAUCCCUCUACACCUGCGGUACCUCCCACCCUCCGAAACAGGAUACCGCACCGCGCACGUUCCCUGGCCGAUAGUCUUCUGGGCAUGUACUGCCGAAGAUGGCACCAAGAUGGGCGUCAACCCCUUUGACCGCACGAAUCUCGGCUGGGACGGCCUGUUCGGUCCGCGGACCAUGUUCUACCAGCUCCAGCCGGCAGGGGAGCGUCUUGUUGAUGAUAUUGAUGUGCCGGUUCUGAGAAUUGAAGGCGGGGAUAGUUACUUCCAGGGUAAAUCCAUUGAGCUUGGCACUUGUGUGGUUAUCUCUCUUGGGUUCUUCUGGGUGCUUUGGAGACUUGCCCGUGUUGCUUGGUCGUCUGGGCUUGGGUCGAAUGAUGGGAAGAACCGGGCUGAAGCUGUGCAUGAUAAGAAGGAAUGA